CAGGUCCCAGACUGCUUGGCUGCUGGUCACCGAUAGGGUCUUUCCUCAAAAACCUGGAGAACAGACGCGCCCAGAGACAGGCCGAAGGCAGCGCAGACCCCGCCCCUCACCGCCCCACCCUCUCUUCUCUCGGGUCUCGCCCAUCCCUGGCCUCAGCUGCGCGCGGUUUCCUGGAAACCCGGAAGUGAAUCAUGGGGCGUGAACUCGCAAGCUCAGUUUCCUGAAGACCCGGAAGCCGAUCGCGUGGGGAGCCGGUCUUGGAGCAGCGGGAUUAGCUUCUAAAGUCUCUUUCAUCUCUCCUAAGGAAGAAGCCUAGAAGAGGAGGAAGAGGAAAGAAAAGGAGUCAGGAAUGCCUCUUAGAUAUCUCUUCCAAAUGCAUGAUGAAAAAGGUGGGAGGAUCACUUGAGCCAGGGAGUUGAAGGCUGCAGUGAGCCCUGUUUUUGCCACCACACUCCAGCUUGGGAUUGAUUUCUAAAGACUUAUGUUACGUGAGGAAGCAGCUCAGAAGAGGAAAGGAAAGGAGCCAGGCAUGGCUCUUCCUCAGGGACGCUUGACUUUCAGGGAUGUGGCUAUAGAAUUCUCAUUGGCAGAGUGGAAAUUCCUGAACCCUGCGCAGAGGGCUUUGUACAGGGAAGUGAUGUUGGAGAACUACAGGAACCUGGAGGCUGUGGAUAUCUCUUCCAAACGCAUGAUGAAGGAGGUCUUGUCAACAGGGCAAGGCAAUACAGAAGUGAUCCACACAGGGAUGUUGCAAAGACAUGAAAGUUAUCACACUGGAGAUUUUUGCUUCCAGGAAAUUGAAAAAGAUAUUCAUGACUUUGAGUUUCAGUCACAAAAAGAUGAAAGAAAUGGCCAUGAAGCAUCCAUGCCAAAAAUCAAAGAGUUGAUGGGUAGCACAGACCGACAUGAUCAAAGGCAUGCUGGAAACAAGCCUAUUAAAGAUCAGCUUGGAUUAAGCUUUCAUUCGCAUCUUCCUGAACUCCACGUAUUUCAGCCCGAAGAGAAAAUUGCUAAUCAAGUGGAGAAGUCUGUCAACGAUGCUUCCUCAAUUUCAACAUCCCAAAGAAUUUCUUGUAGGCCUGAAACACAUACUCCUAAUAACUAUGGAAAUAAUUUUUUCCAUUCAUCAUUACUCACACAAAAACAGGAAGUACACAUGAGAGAAAAAUCUUUCCAAUGUAAUGAGACUGGCAAAGCCUUUAAUUGUAGCUCAUUUGUAAGGAAACAUCAGAUAAUCCAUUUAGGAGAAAAACAAUAUAAAUUUGAUAUAUGUGGCAAAGUCUUUCAUGAGAAGCGAUACCUUGCACGCCAUCGUAGAUGUCACACUGGUGAGAAACCUUACAAGUGUAAUGAAUGUGGAAAGUCCUUCAGUUACAAGUCAUCCCUGACAUGCCAUCGUAGAUGUCACACUGGUGAGAAACCUUACAAGUGUAAUGAAUGUGGAAAGUCCUUCAGUUACAAGUCAUCCCUUACAUGCCAUCAUAGAUGUCACACUGGUGAGAAACCUUACAAGUGUAAUGAAUGUGGAAAGUCCUUCAGUUACAAGUCAUCCCUUAGAUGCCAUCGUAGACUUCAUACUGGAAUAAAACCUUACAAGUGUAAUGAGUGCGGCAAGAUGUUUGGUCAAAAUUCAACCCUUGUAAUUCAUAAGGCAAUUCAUACUGGAGAGAAACCUUACAAGUGUAAUGAAUGUGGCAAGGCUUUUAAUCAACAAUCACACCUUUCACGUCAUCAUAGACUUCAUACUGGAGAGAAACCUUACAAGUGUAAUGACUGUGGUAAGGCUUUUAUUCAUCAGUCAAGCCUUGCACGUCAUCAUAGACUUCAUACUAGAGAGAAAUCUUACAAAUGUGAAGAAUGUGACAGAGUUUUCAGUCAGAAAUCAAACCUUGAGAGACACAAGAUAAUUCAUACUGGAGAGAAACCUUACAAGUGUAAUGAGUGUCACAAGACCUUCAGUCACAGGUCAUCUCUUCCAUGCCAUCGUAGACUUCAUAGUGGUGAGAAACCUUACAAGUGUAAUGAAUGUGGGAAGACUUUUAAUGUACAGUCACACCUUUCACGUCAUCAUAGACUUCAUACUGGAGAGAAACCUUACAAAUGUAAGGUUUGUGACAAGGCUUUCAUGUGCCAUUCUUAUCUGGCAAACCAUACUAGAAUUCAUAGCAGAGAGAAACCUUACAAGUGUAAUGAGUGUGGUAAGGCUCACAAUCACUUGAUUGAUUCAUCAAUCAAGCUUUGCAUGUCAUCAUAGACUUCAUACUGGAGAGAAACCUUACAAAUGUGAAGCAUGUGACAAAGUUUUCAGUCACAGAUCACGCCUUAAAAGACAUAGGAGAAUUCAUACUGGAGAGAAACCUUACAAGUGUAAUGAGUGUGGCAAAGCCUUUAGUGACCAGUCAACACUUACCAUCAGGCCAUUCAUGGUGUAGGGAAACUUGACUAAUGUAAUGAUUGUCACAAAGUCUUCAGUAACACUACAACGAUUGCAAAUCAUUGGAGAAUCCAUAAUGAAGAGAGAUCUUCCGAGUGUAAUAAAUGUGGCAAAUUUUUCAGACAUCGUUCAUACCUUGCAGUUCAUCAGUGAACUCAUACUGGAGAGAAACCUUACAAAUGUCAUGACUGUGGCAAGGUCUUCAGUCGAGCUUCAUCCUAUGCAAAACAUAGGAGAAUUCAUGCAGGAGAGAAAUGUCACAAGUGUGAUGAGUGUGGCAAAGCCUUUACUUCAUGUUCACACCUCAUUAGACAUCAGAGAAUCCCUACUGGAGAGAAAUCUUACAAAUGUCAUCAGUGUGGCAAGGUCUUCAGUCCGAGGUCACUCCUUGCAGAACAUCAGAAAAUUCAUUUUUGAGAUAACUGUUCCCAAUGCAGUGAGUAUAGCAAACCAUCAAGCAUUAAUUGACAUUGGAGUCAAUUCAGCAUUGACUUGAGUUUGUGUUGACUUAACAUUGAGUUCAAGCCUUAAUUGACAUUCAAGUGUUUAUGUUAAGAGGAUGGGGCCAGGUGCAGUGGAUCACGCCUGUAAUCCCAGCACAUUGGGAGGCCAAGGCACAUAGGUCACUUGAGGUCAAGAGUUUGAAACAAGCAUGGCCAAGAGAUGUGAGCCAGUUUUCCCAGCCUGUUUAUUAUUAUUUUUUGAGAUGGAGUGUUGCUCUUGCUGCCCAGGCUAGAGUGCAGUGGUGCGAUCUUGACUCACAGCAACCUCCGCCUCCUGGGUUCAAGCGAUUCCUCUGCCUCAGCCUCCCUAGUUGCUGGGAUUACAGGUAUAUGCCACGACGCCUGGCUAAUUUUUUGUAUUUUUAGUAGGGAAAGGGUUUCUCCAUGUUGGUCAGGCUGGUCUCGAACUCCCGAUCUCAGGUGGUCCGCCCACCUCAGCCUCCCAAAGUGAUGAGAUUACAGGCAUACGCCACCGCACCUGGCAUUGUUUCUUCUUUUCCUUUUUUUUUUUUUUUUUUUUGAGAUAGUACUUUUUAAAGAGAUAGUACUUUUUUGAGAUAGUACUUUUUUAAAGGGAUAUACCAUAGUAGUUUUAAAAGGGAUAUCAGGCUGGGUGUGGCAGCUCACGCCAGUAAUCCCAGCACUUUGGGAGGCCAAGGCAGGCAGAUAACGAAGUCAGGAGAUUGAGACCGUCCUGGCUAACACGGUGAAACCUCGUCUCUACUAAAAAUACAAAAACUUAGCCGGGCAUGGUGGUGGGCACCUGUAGUCUCAGCUACUCAGGGGGCUGAGGCUGGACAAUGGUGUGAACCCAGGAGGCGGUGCUUGCAGGGAGCCGAGAUCGUGCCACUGCACUCCAGGCUGGGCGACGGAGUGAGAGUCUGUCUCAAAAAAAAAAAAAAAAAGAUAUCAAACCCGGGGUGUCUCAUCCCACAGCACUUUGGAAGACUGAAGUGAGUGGAUCAUCUAAGAUCAGAGUUCAAGAGCACCCUGGCUAACAUGGUGAAACCCCAUCUCUACUAAAAAUACAAAAGUUAGCCAGGGGUGGGGGUGUGCACCUUUAGUUCCAGCUACUUGGGACGCUGAGGCAUGAGAAUCACUUAAACCUGGGAGGUAGAGGUUGCAGCGAAUCAAAAUCGUGCCACUGUACUGCAGCGAGGUUGGCAGAGUGAGUCUCCAUCUCAAACAAACACACAAAUGAAAAAACAGACAUCAAAAAUGCUUUUGUUCUCGUUGUGUCAUAGACUUCCCUUUUUUUUCCUUCUGGUUCCUCUUCAGUUCUCUAUUUAUUUUUUCUUUUUUGCAGUUUGAGUUUGAGAUAUAUCUUAGUUUUAAUAGUUUUAUUUCUUAAUACAUAAUGACUUCUGAAAGAUGCCUUUGCAGCAUCCUGUAAUCAGCUCACAUCAUUCGUUUCUGUACUUGUAUAUUUUCCAGUUAUUUUCCGGUUGACCCCAAAAUUCGUGAGAUUUUUUUCCUACAACAAUUUCAAAAGAGUUGCUGUUUGAAAUUAGUUGCAUCCAGUUCAGAUCGAGGUCUGCAUGCUUUCUAGUCUUUGUUAUUUAUUGGAAGGCUGUGGUACCUACUACUUAAGUUUGAUUGUUUCAGUGUGUACUUGGUAAAGAUGUCAGUGACCUUUUAAAUAAACAUCAAAAUGUAGUUUAA